AUGAGAACUGAAAAUUUACAAGAUAAAAAACAUUAUGUUCUUGUUCAUGGUGCUUGCCAUGGAGCUUGGAGUUGGUACAAGGUGAAGACAAUCAUUGAAUCUUCUGGUCACUUGGUUACUGUAAUAGACCUUGCAGCUUCUGGAAUCAACUCCAAGAAAAUUGAAGAUGUUGAUACAGUUUCAGAGUAUUCUCAACCUUUGUUGGAGUUAAUGACCACAAUUCCUCGUAAUGAAAAGGUGAUUCUUGUGGGUCAUAGCCUUGGAGGAGUUAACAUAGCACUUGCCAUGGAACAAUUUCCAGAAAAGAUUGCUGUUGCUGUUUUCUUAACAGCUUUUGUUCCUGAUAUUCAACAUAACCCAUCUUAUGUCAUGGAAAAGUAUAUUGAGAGUGUCCCUGCGGCUGAGUGGUUGGACACUGGAUUCUUCCAGAGUGGAAAGAAAACAUCAAUGUUCUUUGGUCCCAAAUUCUUGUCCAAUAAGCUCUAUCAAUGCUCUUCCCCUAAGGAUCUUGAAUUGGCCAAGAGUUUAAUAAGGCCAGGAUCUCUCUUUAAGGAAGACUUGACUCGGCAAACAAAGUUAUUCUCCAAACAAGGUUAUGGGUCAGUUCCAAGUGCUUUUAUUGUUUGCAAUGAAGACGCUGCAAUUCCAUUAAAAUUUCAACUCUGGAUGAUCCAAAAUGGUGGCAUUAAUGAUGUAUUUGAGGUCAAAGGCGCAGAUCAUAUGGCUAUGCUUUCUAAGCCACAAGAACUAUGUGAAUCUCUCUAUCAGAUAGCUAAUAAAUACGCAUGA